AUGUCUACUCCAGAGAAACCAGACACUACCUCUCACAAAUCAAAAAGCAUUGGUCAAUACAUCUUACUCUCCACACUGCGAAUAAAUGAAAACAAAUUAUCAACAAGAUAUUUAUGAUAUAUAAUGAUAAUUAUUAGAAUGAAAUCUCUAGCUUAUUCUUAUGAAUUUUUAAAUAAAUUGUAUUUCAAAAAAAUGGAUUUAAAAAACAUUAAUACCUCAAUAACGAUAUUGCUUGCAACAGAGGGGAGUUAGGAAAAACCAUCGGAGAAGGCACUUUUGGCAAAGUCAAGCUAGGUACCCACAUCUUAACAAGUGAAAAAGUUGCCGUCAAAAUUUUAGAAAAGGAACGAAUCAAGGAUGUAGCUGACAUUGAGCGUGUAGCUCGAGAGAUCCAUAUCCUCAAACUGAUCCGUCACCCCAAUAUAAUCCAGCUUUACGAAAUAAUAGAAACUCCAAAACAGUUAUUCCUAAUCAUGGAAUAUGCCUCUGGAGGCGAACUUUUCGAUUAUAUCGUAGAGCACACCAGAGUUGAAGAAAGAGAAGCCUGCAAAUUUUUCCAACAAAUUAUUUCAGGAGUCGAGUAUAUUCACAAGCUUGGUGUUGUACAUAGGGAUUUAAAGCCAGAAAACUUACUUUUAGAUGAAAACAAAAAUAUUAAAAUUGUGGACUUCGGGCUGAGCAAUACUUAUAAGCCUGAUGAGUUGUUAAAAACAGCCUGUGGAAGCCCUUGCUAUGCAGCUCCUGAAAUGAUUCAAGGAAAAAAUUAUGCUGGAUCGAGGGUUGAUCUGUGAAGCUGCGGGGUUAUUUUGUAUGCGUUGUUGGCUGGAUAUUUGCCGUUUGAAGAUCCUGAUACAGGAAAAUUGUAUAAAAAAAUACUCAGCUGCAGCUAUGAGUGCCCUGAAUGAAUAUCAGAGAAAGGAAAAGAUAUAAUUAGCAAAAUUUUAAACACAGACCCAGAAACACGAUAUACGAUUCAAGACAUCAGAAACCAUCCAUGAUAUAGGCUUUCUCAACAAAGCAGUUCUGAAGGAAUUCUGGUCGGGUAUCAGUCAAUACCAAUAAAUCUCGACAUUUUAAAUAAGCUUGAGCCAUUUGGAUUUGACUUGAACUACUGCCAAAGCUGCAUUGAAGCAAAUAAACACAAUAAUUUAACGACAGCCUAUUAUUUGCUACUGAAAAAAUAUCAAGCUCCUCCACAGGGCAGCAUGCCAUAUAAUGAAAAUAUUAAAUUCUUCUAGGCAAUUUGUCGAAAAUUUUUGAUAGUAAGAUAUUUUCUGAAUCCCCACUAUUUUCUAUCAAAUGUCUUAUGAGGAGAUAUCGAUUAUCAAAACAUUCUAUCAAAAAAGCAUGCUCCGCUUCCACAGUCGCCUAUUCUUGAUAAGCCAGCAAUAAUCCAUCCUCACAUAAUGCCAUUCCCACCAAGAUUUUCACUUGAAAUGAAUGCAAAGCCAAAGCACAGAAAAUAUAAAGAAAAAAGAAUUGAAAGCACAGGAGGGUCAUCUUCUAAAGAUAAAGAAUUGAUAUUUAUGCAGACACCGUUUACAGGAAAAUUACUAGGAAAAACUCCAAGAUCAGCUAGAAGAUCAGUUAGAGGAUCAUCACAUUCCCCUUUAAAAGCAAAGUUGACUAGUGAAAGAAGAUAUCAAAGUGUAGGGAGAAAGCACUCUAAAGAGCCUAGAGAAUCUAGAGAACCAAGAGAACCUUCAGAACCAAAGCCUAAGUCUAUAAGGCCAGCUAGAAAAGCAAAUUAUAGUGCUUCAAGAGGAAAUACACCAGGACGAAUCAAUAGUUCAGAUUACUCUAUGAAAUCUUUAGGCAACUCAAUAAGGCAGCUGCAUGUUGAUAACUCUUAUAUAGAGCAUAAAAGAAGGAAAGCAAAUGUACUUUAA